GCGUCGCCUGCUUUGUUACUUUUGGCUACAGUGUACUAGAAUUUUUGGCUUUCGUCGCUCGGCUGCUGUGUGUGAUUUCUGUGAUCUUUUUGCUGAAGGUUGUGGGAUAUAUUUAAGGACAGUGACGGCUGAACCAUGUCUAACUGGAAACAGCACCCUCUGCUUCUGAAUCUGAAGACUGCUGAUGAGCACAUCUCAAGUGGCCUGUUCCUGGCUACAAACAAUCAGUCACCUUUGGCACAGUACCGCUCCGUGAUGCAGAUGCUCGAGUACUCGGCACAUGGCAUCCCAUGGCUCUUGGGGACGUGCUCGCUCAUUUGGUUCGUCACGGAUCGAGAUUUGGAGGCAUUUUAUGUCAAUUUGCUGAUAGCACUCGUGUUGGACCUCAUUGCUGUGGCUGUUAUCAAGGCUGUAGCUCGGCGGAAACGGCCCCCAGUCAACGUGAACGACAUGUUCUUCACGGUAUCGGUUGACAACCACUCGUUUCCAUCAGGUCACGCAUCACGUGUUGUCUUCCUGGCAUGCCUGUUUCUCAACUACACAACAAUUAAUGUAGUCUUCAAGUUUGUUACAUUGGUGUGGAGCCUUUCUGUGAUUGCAUCACGAGUGCUGCUGGGACGGCACUACGUUGGUGAUGUUGUAGGUGGUGCCAUACUUGGACUGAUUGAGUAUAUCAUCAUUACAAACAUUUUUUGGAUGAACACUGACACUGCGCUGCAUUUUGCAUCAUUCUUCACAACAUUUGACAGCCUGCAUGGUGGCAUUAAAGAAGUGGAGGUUUGAACAAA